GCUAGUAUCGGUGCGGGCAGCUCGGCAGGCAGUGUACCAGGUCUGGCAUACGCCCGCCACACCAUUCUCACCCUGGCCCUCGCCAGCGCCCCGGCCAACACAACACACUCGUACAGGUGUUAACCCUCCCUCGGCCACUCAUUUCCCUAGUUCCCCGGAAAACAGUGUUUAAACUCUCUAUGUUCAAACUUUUAAUUGAAAAAACCGCUUGCACACAUCCCUGUAGGAUGCUCUAGGUUGACCUGGCCUCACAGAAACUGUGGUUAAGAAUUUAGUGGAGUUUCUUCUUAGUCUUCAUAAACGCUCCUGUAAUGAACUUUUUACUGACAAGUAUCUUGUUUGUGUUGAAAUUGUGUAUUGCCAGUACAGUGUUGUGAAGUAAAAGAAAAAUAAGUUUUACGAAAUGGUGUACUCGAGAGCCUGGUUUUAGAGGCAAGGAAGAGAAAAGUGAAGGAAGGAAGAAUGGCUUCCGAGGUUGUAGACGAGACAGUAAUGUUUACUAUACCUUCGUCUUAUCACUGGGACUCAGGCAACGAAGAUGAUUGCUCCGAGGAGGUGGCUCUGUGUGUUGCCCCUUGCUAUGGCUCUGAUUCAGACGACGACGUUGACAAUGACGACGACGAUGACGAUGAUCUGAACAGUACCAACCUAGAGGGCCACGACUCUGGUAUAGCAGGAUGCCGGCCCAGAGAAGGUCAUGACUUGAAGAACCCCUCCUUACUUCGCCAGGUUAUCAGAAGUGAUAGUGACGAUGAGGACGAGGACGCAUCCGAUUAUGAUGAUGACUCGGACUGUAGUUCAACGGUCGAAGACUCAGAAGUAAAGGUAAAAAGAACUCGAGAAGGUGAAAUUGCGGCCACAGCAACCAGGCCUCUGAUACGUUGGUCGAGUUAUAUCGACGGAGAAGAGAGCGAGCAGGAGGAAGAGGAGCAAAAUCAGCACCUGGCCGAACACUGCGUGCCUGGACGACUUCGAGCGCCUCAAGACCCUGGGCACGGGGUCGUUCGGGCGGGUGAUGCUGGUACAACACAAAGCUACCAAGGAGUACUACGCUAUGAAGAUACUCGACAAACAGAAGGUGGUUAAGUUGAAACAAGUGGAACAUACACUCAACGAGAAACGAAUAUUGCAAGCGAUCACCUUCCCCUUCCUCGUCUCUCUAGAGUUCCACUUCAAGGAUAAUUCCAAUUUGUACAUGGUGUUGGAGUACGUGCCUGGUGGUGAGAUGUUCUCCCACUUGAGAAAGAUUGGCAGGUUUAGCGAGCCUCACUCUAGGUUCUAUGCUGCCCAGAUUGUACUAGCAUUUGAAUACCUCCACUACCUUGAUCUCAUAUAUAGAGAUCUCAAACCAGAGAAUCUACUUAUAGACAGUCAAGGGUACCUCAAGGUGACAGACUUCGGGUUUGCCAAGCGAGUGAAAGGACGAACGUGGACACUUUGUGGAACCCCAGAGUACCUGGCCCCAGAGAUCAUUCUUUCUAAGGGCUACAACAAGGCAGUAGACUGGUGGGCAUUAGGUGUUCUGGUCUAUGAAAUGGCUGCAGGCUACCCUCCAUUCUUUGCUGACCAGCCCAUCCAAAUAUAUGAAAAAAUAGUUUCUGGAAAGGUGCGGUUCCCAGGUCAUUUUUCGUCUGACCUGAAGGACCUGCUGCGGAACCUCCUACAGGUUGAUCUAACCAAGCGGUAUGGAAACUUGAAGAAUGCUGUAAAUGACAUUAAGAAUCACAAGUGGUUCGCUUCAACAGACUGGAUUGCUGUAUAUCAGCGGAAGGUUGAAGCUCCAUUUAUUCCCAAAUGCAAAGGGCCUGGAGAUACCAGCAACUUUGAUGACUAUGAGGAGGAAGCUCUUCGUAUAUCCUCUACAGAAAAAUGUGCCAAGGAGUUUGCUGAGUUUUAAGAGGCCUUUUCCAGUAUCUAGAGGCUAAGCUGACUCCCUGUGUAUGUGUACAAGUUUAGUACUCCCCUCCAGAGACCCCAGUGCAUGUGCAUUGUUGUAUACAUAAGGCUGUGUGUGCACCAGUGUGUGUACCACACAGCUAGGUCUCAGGCAAGCAGUGGGCUAUGAAAAUGCAGCAGGUGCUCAGUUGUGGGAGAUGCUGCUAUGUACUUGGUGGCUCACACAUGCAGACAGUGCCAGAGCCCAGGCUGUGAUGGCAUGCGUGCCAAGUAGCAUGGCGUAGUUGGUGGUAUUACUGAGCAUGGGCAUCUUUAGUGUUACUUGCAGUCAACUUUAUGGAAUGUAACAUAUAAAUUCUUAUUAACAAUAGCUGUCAAGGAAGAAACACGUCGGUCUUAUGAUAUGCAUUAUUUGAUUAAUAUUUUGGAAAAGUUAAUAGCAAGUAACACUGGAGGUAAAUUUGCCUUUGUGAAGAAAAAUGCCACUUCAGAAAGAUGCCAGACAGAGGUUCUUCAGCAAUGGCAGUGAGAGAAUGGCAUGAGUUGUGAUGGUGGGAGCAAGUGCCAUUUUUAGCAGAUAAGGUGGCGUGCGUGAAGUGGUAUGCCGAAGUCAGCCAGCCACUUGGGGUCCGGGAGCUAACCUAGUCAUGUGGUGAGUGGGGGUUGACGGACUUACUGGGAAGAACACCAAUGUACAGGAGACAUACAGGCGGAAUGGAGAGGUAUGUAAAAGUUACUGAUGAGUUUGAAAAUAGUGCUAUCUUGAAGAGAACAUGGUCUUAUUUUAUGGCCAGGGUAACUUAGAGAUGUUGCAGGAGUAUAAAUAAACAUUGCUUUUAGUGAAAAAAAAAUAAAAGGAAUUAAGGCAGAGUGACAAAAUGGAGGUCCUGCAUCCAUCAGUUUGACAGUGCUUCAAAAUUAAUGAAAUCAAAACAUAUCCUUGAUCUUAAUGCUAACAAAGGAAAAUUUCAAGAAAGAAUAAAUGCUAGAGCAAGGAGAAAGUCUUCAGCCCAGGCUAACUCCUCCGUCAGUCUCCUGGAGUCUCCCAAUUGGCCGUCGUCAGAAUCGACUGCAGCUUUGUUUACUACACAUGGUCGAUGCCCCAGAUUAACUAUGCCAAAAUGCAGCCGACUCUCAUCACACUUUGUAGAUUACAUAGUACACUUAUAUGGGUUUAACAGAGUUUUUAUGAUUUAAUACAUGAAUGAUAAAUUGCUAGAUUUCCCAAGUUGCAUGUAUGUAGGUAUGUAUCAAAGUUAAUAACAUAAAAAAUAUGUCCAUGUGUGCAAAGUUGUAGAAUAAUUAUAUGUUUGAUUAGUGUUUCUAUGCGAUUCACAUUGAUGUGAUAAAUAUGAAUGAUGUGUGAUGGCUUCUUUUCAUCCAUUUAAAAAUGAAAAACUAGUUAGGAAUGUGAAAAUUAGAUUUUGUGAAGUAAUAAUUUCUUUUAACUGCCUGUGGGAAUGAAUGGUUAUUAAUUGCCUAAUUCUGAGAACAAAUAUUUUCUUCUCUUCCUCCUUGUGAAGUCUCGAGCUAUAUAAUACUGUACGACUCUGUGAGUCCUAAGGCACACUGUAAAGAAUAAAUAAUAUUACUUGUCUAUUUUCUUGCAUUUUAGUCUAUUGUAAUGAUUAUGAUUAUUAUUAUUAGUUUGUGUUGUUAUGGUCUGGCGCUCUGUUUACGUAUCACACUAACCUUAGAUGAUUUUCGUUUAGGAUUUUUUCCUAAAGAGCGUCUCGUUUCAUUAUAGUGCAAUAUUUUGAUGAUGAAAGUGAGAAGAUCCCCUGUAUCACUGUACUUUGCAAUGUUAAAAGAAUAUGCAGCUCCAAGGUUUUCUGUCUGUGUAUAUAUAUAAUUCUCAGAUGACAUAGCUGGCCUCAUCAAUACCCAAGUGUCCCAAGAACUGAAGUGAAGGCAUGAUGUGAACUGAGAGUCAGCCAGUAGACAAACAAUUUACAAAAACUUAGGUUUGAUUAUUGCUUUUGCUAAUAAGGACAAUGUCUAAACUAGAAGUAUGACUUUCCUGUAUUGCCAGCCACAUAGAAAGAUUUAUUCCUCCAGAGUUUGAGAUAGGGAAGUAUAUUUGUACAGUUCUGAAUUUAGUCAAAAUGUUUUACAUAAAAUGGCACGUAUGUGUUUAUGCAUAGAAUGGAUUAUGGAAACAUACCAUUGUAUACUUAGUUUCUUAUGAAUGAUGUUAAGAGAGGAUAGCCUUUUUUUUUUUUAAUUGAAACAAAAACUGCUCAAUGGGGAAAGUUCUUGAUGCAUUCUAUAUUGUCAAAAUGCUUUGUGCCAGGCACUUGUGUAUACUAAUUAUUUUCCCAUAGUAUUGUAACUUUUUUUGGAAACAUAAUGUGCAAGAAUGGUGAUGGAGAUAAGUUAAUUUUUAUACCAUAAGGGCCUUUUAGCAGGUUAUGUAUUUUAAUGAGUACAACUCAAGCUGCUCUAGUUAUGAAGCAAGUGCACUCAAACAUCUAGUUGGAAGUAAAAUAUUUUCUUUACCGAGUGGAGAGUUAUCCAUUUUUAAUUUUUUUUAUCUACAAAAUUACUGAAAUUUUUUUUUUAAAUUGACAAAAUGUUAAUCUUGUCAUAGUAAGGAAUCAGCAUUUCCAGUUCAGUAAUGGUUAAUGCAGACUGAUGGUUGGAUCAAAAGCCCUAAGAGCAGUAUCCUGUAAGUGUUUUAUAAAGUAAUACAUGGUGCUCUGUAUUACUCUUUCUGAAGAGUUAAAUUAAUACCUCCUCACAUUGAAUUUGCCCUGCAAAACCAUGUCACUGUGUUAAUGAAGUUUUUAUUGGGGGCAGAUAUUACUAUCAAUUAGUGACUAUAUGCAUCCCAGGUAGAGUAGAAAUAGUUGGAUAUUAACCCUAUCAAUUCCACUUCCAAAGUUUAAGAAUGUUCAGAACUAACUGUCAUUACUUCAACAGUUUCAGAGUACAGUAUGUUAGAAUAGCAACUGUACAUAAAAAUUUUGUUGCUAGUCUAAGUUUUCAAGAUAAUACCUGAAACAAACCAGGUAGUAUAAAAGUAAUCUUUGUGCAGUACUUCACUUUAGAAAGAAAAUAAUUAUUUAUCAUGAGUCUGAAGGGUUUUGAAAUAUAGACUGGAUAUUAUCAAACUUAAUGUUAAGAUUGGGCCUUAAGAAUACAACAGUAAAACUAAGAGAAGUGAGCACAAAAAAAAAAAAAAAUGAAAAUUCAUAGUAAACAAGUUAGAUCUAAACAUAUUGCUGCUGCACUAUUAAGCAGAAUCCAGUUUGCUGUAAAACCAAAGCUUGUCAAUUAGCUGAAUCUUUUACAGAUCCCGUGGAUUCUGUCGCGUUUUCAUUUAACUUUUUUUUUUUUUUUUUUUUUUUUUUUUUUUAUUAACAAAGCUCAAUUUGAAUGUUUUAUCCAUUGAUUGCAGCUUGUACUGGUUAAAGAUUAUUCUUGGGGCAUGCAUCAGUUUAACACCAGGCAAAUUAUCAACCAAACUCUUGUAACUUUCUUUUUAGGAGAUUUUGUUACUUUUUUUUUUGUCAGGUACUGUAUAAAGAAAUUGUAGGAAAUAUGUAAAUGGUUUUUCUGAUACUUUUUCAAUGAGUUUGAAUUACAGGUUUUUAAUAGAUACAUUUUUUAAAAUUUUAUUGAAUGCAACAGUUCUUUUUAAGUGAACUACUUAGUAGUAAUUGAGCAGUUAACUGCAGCAGCCACAAACUGAUGCACUACAUACAUUCCGCACACUGAGCCAGAGAAACAUGGGCAAGUGAAUUUUCUUGUUAUCUUUCAUAUGAUGUUUUCCUUGAAUCACUGUAGAACUGAGUGAUGCUCAUUGUUUAACUUAUUGGGAGUUGGAGUACAAAUGUGGGCAAUUUGUGAAUAUUUGAGAAGUUUUAACUUAAUUGUGAUAGGUGAAUUAAUCAUGGACUUCUCAUAUCUCCUUUUAGACUAGUUUGUAAGGCAGAGAAUUACUUCAGAAGAUAAUGCACUCCAUUUGUUCUCAUGGAGGUUCUAACACAUUUGUUAUAAAAUUCACAUUUGCCCAAGUAAGCCUCUGCAAGCUGCGGUGAAAGGGAGUGAUGAUUGUUGAAGAAUUAUGGUAGUGAUGGUCAUGAUGAUUCUAAAGAAUGGAUAAACAAAAACAAGACUGACGUGUGUUAGUGGGUUCCUCGAUGUUGACUGUAUGAAUUCCUCCGCUCCCUAAACAAGCAAUGUAUGCAAGGUCCCCUUCAGCCACAGAAAUAUCUUCUUUUUAAGGGCUGUAUGAUGUGUGGUUUUAGCAUUGAUUCAUCCCCUAAUGAUUGUUACUAUAUAUAUAUGAUAUGCAUCUCAGAACUGCUAGUAUCUAUUUUUCUUAAUCUCUAAUGUGCAUUAGUAUGUCUGUGUGUGUAUGUGCCCUUAGGAAUAUGUUUUUAAAGAAACCUGUGGUUGGGACCUGGUAUACAAAGCUUAAUCCAGACUAUAUCCCAGUUGAGUAUUUAAUCUAUGUUCAGUGUUCAUAGUCUGAUUGCAUUGAGUUAUUAUUUUGUGAUUUGUAGUUGCCAAUUUUGAAUAAGACGUUAAUAAAUGAAACAUGUAUGAGACAA